AUGCAGAGUACGGUGUUCGUUCUUCUUGCAAGCGUCUGCUUGAUUCAGGUGCAGGGUCUGGGCUUCAACAGCGAACCAAAUGACUACACUUGGGGAGCGAAAGUUACCGGCGACACUCUAAUUGCAAGCGAGGUCGUAGUUCGGAACAAGGCGCCACUGCAGACCGUGACAAGAACCUACGUUCUGACACAGGCAGGCACCGCCAAGAUCAUUAGUUAUAUUCGCAUCAGAGACUUGAAGAAAAUGCGUGGCGCCACAGCAGAGAUUACAGCCGGCGGCGUCGGCUCCGACACAGUCACCAUCAGAUUCACCUCCGCACGUAGCGCGGGCAUCAAAUCACAGGUUGAAAUCUGGGGACAGUAA